GGAGGGAGGAGGAGGAGGAUGAUAAGCAACAUCUACUGAUGAGAAGUGUUUCUCCAACAGACAACUCCGACAAGGACCUCAGCAUCCUCGUCUCUUAAACCAGGACCAUGUCUGCCAUGUGUGUGUCGGUGGUGCUCUUAUAUACAGUGGUGAUUGACAUCUCAGCCCGAGUUUUGACCACAAAAAGCCCAGCUGACCAGCUCGUCCUAUCUCCCCGUCACUACCAGCAUACAGACCCCAGCUCAGGCACCCAGCUGGUCUGCGACAAGUGCCCGGCUGGCACCUACGUGUCCUUACACUGCUCCCCCACAGCUGUGAGGGAGUGCAGCCCGUGUCCUGACGGCACCUUCACACGGGGCGAGAAUGGAGUCCAGCAAUGCCAUCGCUGUCGGGUUCCGUGCCCUACAGGCUUUUUUGAGAAAGCCAGCUGCAAGACCACCCAGGACCGUAUAUGCAUUUGUCCACCCAACAGCUACUUGUCGUUGGAUAGUGCAGAGUGUAAACCACACUCGCUGUGCCCUGUGGGGACAAGGGUAAAAAAACGAGGCAGCUCAACAGAGAAUGUGGUCUGUAAAACAUGCACCAAGGGGACUUUUUCAGAUGUGCGUUCGAGUUUGGUGAAGUGCCGAACCCACACAGACUGCCAGGCCCAGGGGCUGGUGCUGCUCACACCGGGGACUAGAGAGACAGAUAACGUUUGUGGAACAUCCUCUUUAUCUUCAUCUGUUUUGACCUCGCCUUGGCCUUCACAGGUUCUGCUUCAACGCCAAACUUCUUCGUUAUCGUCACUGAAUCGACCUGCACAUGAAGGCAUCCACAGCCAGUCAGCACCCAUGCCACUGAGAGAAAGCCCGGGAAGGGAAAACCACUAUACAGAGGGGCUUAGUCGCCCCGGCACUCCCAUCCCACAAAAGCGUGAUCCCCCAAGGACUCUACCACCCCCAGCUGAAAAGCAACCAAUGAAUAGUGAGCACCAGAGGGGGCCACCCAAUUCUGACCCUGUGCCAGGGCCCAACAAGCAGGAAAUGGAGGGUCUUGAGGUUGCUGAGGUAGUCCAAGUUGGGACAGGUACCAGCAAGGUUGCGGAGCAGGGGAGUGGAGGUGGUAUCUCCAGCUACUACAGGCCCACGCGUAGGGGGUCCCCAAGGCCAAGUACUCAUAAUCACUUUGACAUCAAUGAACACCUGCCCUGGAUGAUCGUGCUGCUCCUGCUGCUGGUUUUGGUUGUAAUUGUGGUGUGUAGCGUGAAGCGGAGCUCUCGGGUGCUUAAGAAGGGCCCAGUGCAGGAUCCAAGUAGCAUCAUUGAGAAGGCGAUUCAGAAGAAACCAUCUCAGCCUCCAAUGCAGGUCAAGGAGAAGUGGAUCUACUACUCAAACGGCCAAGGGGUGGAUAUCCUGAAGCUGGUGGCGGCCCACGUGGGUACCCAUUGGAUCGACAUUUAUCAGUCGCUUGCUAAUGCCACGGAGCGUGAGGUGGCAGCCUUCUCCAAUGGCUAUUCAUCGGAUCACGAGAGGGCUUACGCAGCGCUGCAGCACUGGACCAUCCGGGACAGCGACGCCAACUUGGCCAAGCUGAUCAAUGCCCUGCACCGACAGCGCCGCAUCGAUGUAGUUGAGAAAAUCCGCUGUGUCAUGGAGGACAACCCACAGUUUGACAUCAACCAGCUGAUGACCUCGGUGAAUGUAACCAAAAGCCUCAGUCCGGUCCACAAGGCGCUGGAUUCUCCCAGCAGCGUUGGAGGCGGCAGCAACCGCAGCGGUGGCAGCGGCAGUAGUGGUAGCGUGGGUGUGGAGCAGUCGCCGUCGGACCGCACCAAAGGCUUCUUCCCAGACGAAUCGGAGCCUCUGCUGCGCUGUGACUCCACCUCCAGCAAAGACUCCGCCCUCAGCAGAAACGGCUCCUUUAUUACCAAAGAGAAGAAAGACACUGUGCUCCGGCAGGUGCGUCUGGACCCAUGCGACCUACAGCCCAUCUUUGACGACAUGCUGCACAUCCUGAACCCAGAGGAGCUGCACGUGAUCGAGGAGAUCCCGGACGCCGAGGACAAGCUGGAUCGCCUUUUUGAGAUUGCCGGAGUCAAGAGCCAGGAGGCCAGCCAGACGCUGCUGGACUCGGUCUACAGCCACCUACCAGACCUGUUAUAGUGGAGAAAGGGAAGAAGGAAGCACACAGAUGUAAUGAAUCAGUGCAGGAUUAAUUUCCAUGUAAGGGUAUGAGUCAGAUGUGGGGUUGUUCAGAUCAGUUAUUUGAUCUGACAGAGUCGGACUUGCCGCGUCAUUCUGUCGCAUGAUCGCUCCCUAUUUACCUUCCAGUGUCCCUCCUCUGUUGUCUUGUUCGUACACAAUAUUAUUCCUCCAAAACACCUCCACUUGGACACAGGGUCAAUAAUCAAGGUGUAUUACAGAAGUAUUCUGACCUUAAUAGAGUUUCAAGAGCCUCUGAAUUUAUGAAAAGUUUGGUUAAAAAGGAGCUGAACAUGUAUCGACUCCAUUGAUACAAUUCUUUAAAACCACUUUCUGAAUUGUUCAAUGCCUUCAUAUUUAAAGAUUAAUAUCAUUGUGUUUUAGUUGGUUAUGCCAAUCCUUCAAUCAGGCUUCUCUUGCCUUUAACACAGAUUUAAAUAGCAUGACAGUCAUCAUCACAGUAAGUGAUGGCAAGGAAUAUGCUAACACAGACAAUAGUAGAUAAGCUAUAACUCUAAAUGACACUGGUAUUACUCUUUGGUUUCAAAGGGUAUUUAAGGUUCCCAUAAUACACAUUCACAGAUAUUUUGUCGAGGUAUGAACUGAUCCACAAAUCAUGUGCCUGAGCUUGUUGCGGUCCCUUACCUCAUCCCUCCUGCUCUGCCUGUACCUGGAACCGAUCUUCUGUGGACAUGCCUGGCGUCCACCCUUACUACGCUAAAACUGAGAAGUUUGGAAAUUCUGCUGGUCCAGUUGAAAAUUCUGGGGCAAAUUCUGCGGUUCUUUUCAGUCACGAUGUAUUCCUUAUCGAGUCGUCAGGCUCGUAUAGCAUGACCCUCUUUCAGAAUAAAACCACCGACAUAAGCUUCUGGUACCAGUGUAGAACGCAACCUGGAUGUUCAUUAAAAGUUCCACUGCAUCAUCAGUCCAUGAAAUGAAACCCCUGCUCUUGCUUUUCACCAUUGUUUACUUCAUUGUUUAUAACGUAGCUCUUUCUGCCACUAACAACCAAAUGCUUCAUGUUUACACCGGUACACACAUGUCCAGUGUACAUGAGUCGCUGCGUGAUACAUGCAUUUUCAGGUGUGUUAGUGUGGAAGGGGACGUAGCCUUAGCUGAUAACCACUUUGCUUGACCAACAGGUAGCAGCGUUUAAGAUUAAGGAGCUGACCUACAGUGCUGGAACCAAAGACAUAUAUCAAAAACAUCAUAUGACACAAAUGUCAGAUUAAUUCAGUAUUUUAAUACUGGAGUGAUAUUUACGUUAUUUAAUAUUGUGAUAUAUGUCUUUGCCCUGAUCUCUUUGCUUUUGGACAAAUGCUACAAAACAUGCCUGUUUCUAUGGAAACCACAGCUAUAUGUCUAAACCCUUUUAGAUAUGUUGCUUUGGAAGCUUCAACGCUGUCGCAAUCAUGGACAGUGUUCAGUGAAUACAGAUGGUUGAGCGAUCAAAGGAAAAACCAACGUGAAGUGUCUUAGUGAGGUGUUUGUCUCUGGACUCUACUGGAGGGAUGAUCACCAUCCUUCUAAAUCCUAUUCCGUCAGUAUUGAUGGUGGUGGAGAGCGCUGUCUAGGAUAGGUGUUUGCCUUUGAUCCAGUUUCUCCACUUAAUCUCCUGGUCUUUCCCUUAAUUCUUCAGCCAUUUGUAUUUCCACCAGUACGCACAUUCACGCCUGUGCUCGCCAUCCCUGUGCACCUCAACUAACGUAGCGUGGAUGAAGUGAUCUUGAACCACUUCGGGGCUUCACAUCAGCGUGGCUUUGGAUCAGAUGCCCGUGUCUGAGGGCUACAUGCUCUAUGUAGUUCAAAUGUAAUGAUGACACACUAACUAUUUUCUAUUGGAGACAUGUAUUUUCUGUGUCCUUCAUUUUCUCUUUGUUUAGUUCUGAAAUGCUGUUAACUAAUUUUUCUGUUGUAACCUCUUUUUUUUACAUUUAUUCGGAUUCAUUAUGUUAUUUGUUAGCGUUUUUUACUUUUACGUCAUGUUUUCACGGGCAUUCAGAUGAUUUUCACCCUGCUUUGCAUUACGAGACAACCUGGUUGGGAUGUAAUGCAUACUCCAUACUCUACUUGAAGACUACUCGUGGUUCCUUGAUUUAAACGAGAAGGAAGUGAUGCAUCCUUCACUUGCUUCCAUGUUCGCCAUUCUUAAAGUAACGGUACAACUGAAAAGAUCCACCAAAAAGAAGAAAAAAAACUUAUCAAGGUUUUUACAGACGCCACGACGAGAGCAGCGAAUUGAUACGACUGUUUUCACUUAGACAGUAGCAAUCAAAAAUACUGUGGUGCUCGACGUGAACUCUCACCGGUUAGCCUGGCAACAAGUGGGGGGGGGGGGGACUCACGACUAUUUAAAGUAUUCCAGACUGAAUGAGGGAGAAUGAAGGCUGUGCUGCUGUGGACGAUGAUGGUGAUGAUGAAGAUGAGGAUGUGUGAACUUGCUCUCUCCACUGCGCUGUGGUGCAGUGAGAGCUCUUUGUUUUCUAAGGUGGUCUGAGAGGAUGAGGGGGAUGAUGUGAGAUGGAGUGGAUGAUUGCAUUAAAAUUUCACGUGUAUAACCAGUAUGUUUACUACUAUGUAACCUCUUAAAAUCAAACUAUUAAAACUCAAAAAACAUUUGUUAUAA